CUUGUAUGGCUGAUUAUACUUGAAAAAUGACUGGACAAUUGUUUUCAGAACAUCACUAAAGUUCCGGUCCACAGUCUUUUAAAACUUCAUUUGCAUCAGAAAUGUGCAGCGAGUGGCAAAAUAGGAUGACAGAUGUUUCAGCUUAGUUUGUGGUGUGAAGUUUCAAUUCACGAAGCUUUGUCUUCGCGUCUGCCAAAUUUUUCACGUCGAGAGGAAACAUAGGGGAGAAAUCAACUUAAUUUUUCAUCCCUGUGACAAAUUUCGUGAAGGGAGACUGAUACAGAAGAGCCCAGGUGAGGUUGUUUUUCGGAAUAAAAUCUCGAUAUAUUUAUCGCUGCUGUCUAUUCACUUGAGAUUCAAUAUGAAUCUGUCAGAAGGAAGCUUUGUCAGCGACAUCGAACCGUAAGCUUCUUAAAUUUUUCCACCGAAAUGGAGCCGCCAGAAUUGAUAUUGACGUGAUACGAACGGAUUGGAUGUAAACACUUAUAAUGCCACAGCCCGCCUGUUUCACAUCGGUUAUGAAAAAUUCACUGAGGACAUCGCAGGGUUUCACAGAAGGUUCAAAUCAGCAAUUCAUUGAUUUGUUCUCUGUUUUCCGCCUCAGGGAAACGCGUUUAAAAUAUCUUUAGAAACUAAGCGAGCCCCACGAGCCACGCAUAUGUUUUCGUCGCUCCAUGCUGACAUUUUUUUGUCAAAAUGCAAAUGUUUUUAUUCUUAAACAUUAACUGUUUUCGGUGUAUUAAAACCAAUAUCACUUCGGACCUGCAAAAAUCGAUUCCUGUCAAGAGGAUUAAACGGCCAAUUUAAUCUGGCGCUCGUUGGUUUCGUACCUCUUGGCAAAAGCUAAUAUUCUGCCUGCAGAACUGACUAUAAUUAAGCUACGAUUAUUCAAUAUCGAGGUUCGAAAACAUCUAUAAACUAAAAAUUUCUAAUUGAGUUCUUCAUCUGAUCUGAUAAACAGAGAACCCACGCUAGCGCCGCAAUGUACCGGAACAGAUUCUGGUAAUACACACUUACCGUGUGAACAACUUGUCGGGAUUCAAGUGACAUUAUGAAACGCUUAUUCCGCGCGCUCACAGAUACCAGUUGUCAAAAGCGCCGGAAAAGAAAGCAAAGAAAAACAAAGCACUCUAAUCAUUUGAAUGAAACAAUGGGAGCAUGUCUGGACUUGCAGAGCUCUGCCCCUCUAAAAAUUCUGCUGGUUCCAUGCGAAUCUCAACCGUCUUCUGCAACAAGAUACUGGAUUGUGGAUACAAGAAAACAGGGCAAAAUUCCCUUCUUUGGGUCUAACAGGUGCAAAAUUGUGCAACAUAUGGGCAACAGAGUUACGGAGCCCUUUCAUGGACAUGUCACGACGAGAGAAGGACGAACUAUCAUCAAAGGGAUUUUAACAGACGGAGCCGUUGAAGGGAAAUAUUUUGAACUCGUGUUGCAAGCUUCUCCGCAACAACUAAACCAACCCUACCGGAAAAAUUCUGCAAGAAAAGCUUCAUUGUGCGGAUUUCUUCAGCGCAGUACAAAAGAUGAAUUUGGUUCAUUCGAGGAGACACAUGACGCAUUUUUACAUACAGAGGGGGAAACCAGCGAAGUUUUUGACACACAAGAAGAAAUUCUGACAUUCGCAGAGGAAAAAGUUUCCUAAUUUCCUUAAAAGUUGUACGAGGCGUCAUUCUGUUAAAGAGGUCUGGUUUGGUUAAACUAUACACUUACGUGGAGUUCAAUAUAUCCGCGGAGAUAUUGUUUCUUGAUUUUAUGCCGGCAAGAUUGUUAAGAAUAUGGAUGUCACAGCAUAGAAUUCUUAAACUUUUUGUUUACAAAAUAGACUGACAUAGACCCUAGAUGGUGAAGAAAUGUUGCGUUAACCUUAAAUAUUAAAUAUGAUUUGAAUUGAGGAAUUUGUUGAUGGUUAAAAAUGGUAUUUAGCCGACUGUGGCACGAAUUAAACAUGGAUUUAAGAAGAUGGCCUGUUUUCAUGAUUCUCAUCGAGCGAC